AUGGAACCUCAGCAGCCACACCGUCCCCAUCACCGCCCGUCGUAUCCCCAACUUCACAACUUAUUCCAUCCCCUGCCGCCGAACAUCCCACACCGGACUGCCAGUAGCACUCCCGUAUCGUCGCCGGGACUCUUCAGUCCAAAUCAGCCCCGCCCCAACAUGUCGCUCCCGCAGUCUCAGGUCGGCUCCGAGAGCACACCACCGGGCGGUCUGAAUAGCCCCUAUCUGCACCCGCUGCAGUCCCAUAAAGUUCGAGAAACCCACAAGGCGAAUGUCGAACACGAUGAAACAACGGGCCGAAAGUAUGUCAACAACUACGAAAUCAUUGAGGAGCUUGGCCGUGGCAUGCACGGCAAGGUCAAGCUGGCGAGGAACAUCGAGACACAGGACUAUGUCGCCAUCAAGAUCAUCCCACGCUUUUCCAAGAAGAGGCGGCUAGGAAAGGUCACCGCCAUGUCGACUCAGGACAAGAGCAAGAAGGAAAUCGCCAUCCUCAAAAAGAUUCGGCACCCGAAUGUUGUCGCCCUGCUCGAAAUCAUUGACGAUCCCGUACUGAAGAAGAUUUACAUGGUCUUGGAGCACGUCGAACUCGGCGAGGUCGUAUGGAGGAAGAAGGGUCUACCGCAUAUCUGCGCAUUCGAGCGCCGGCGCGUCGAGCGAGAGCAGCGCGGCGAGAAACCCACGCCUGAGGAGGAGCAUUACGAACACAUCUUGGAACAACGUCAGGCGUUGAAGAAUGCGAAGCGGGCGAGACAGCACUCUCGAUCACAAGCCAACCCAGCCGAUUACUGGAGCCUCGAGUAUGGUGUUGACGAAGACGACAUGGAAUAUUUCCCACAAUCACUCGGCAAGGACAUGCCAGAAGGCUAUGCUGGCCACGUGCCAUCAAGCCCUGACUCCUUUGGUGGAUCAAAAUUGACGUCUCGAGCUCCUUCGGGAACUAGACUCGCUAGUCUGAACGUAGCAUCUCGCACCGGAACCCCCGAGCCCUUCGACUUGGAAACGGCGUCGAUGAUUUGCAACGAGGACGAUCUCGAGACACCGGGGGCGAUCCGCUCCAACCCCAUGUCAGCAACGGCACUCGACGGGACCAUGUAUGGCGCCUAUCCAGACGAUCCAGCCUUCCGUGGGCGAUCACCGAGCAUGGCCGAUUCCAUCAUUUCGCACAUGUCUUCGAUUGACUAUAACAGAGUACAUGAUCCCUACGUGGACGAUUAUUCCUACGUACCGUGCUUCACCAUUGAGCAAGCGAGAAACACCUUCCGCGACACCGUUCUAGGCUUGGAGUAUCUUCACUACGAGGGUGUCGUGCACCGAGACAUCAAGCCGGCGAAUCUGCUGUGGACCAAGGACCACCGUGUCAAGAUUUCCGACUUCGGCGUUUCAUACUUUGGCCGACCUGUCCGCGAUGGUGAACCAGACGAUGCGGUAUCCGAGUCCGAAGCCCACGAUUUUGACGACGACCUCGAGCUUGCCAAGACGGUGGGCACACCCGCCUUCUUUGCGCCCGAGCUUUGCUACACAGAUGCGUAUGACGACAAGCCGGGAGCUCCGCAGCCCAAGGUGACGGAGCAGAUUGAUGUGUGGUCACUGGGUGUCACACUCUACUGCCUUAUCUAUGCUCGCAUUCCAUUCCUGGCCGAAGACGAAUGGCAAAUGUUCCGAAAGAUUGCCACGGAAGAGGUCUACAUUCCCGCUCGGCGACUCGCCCCAGUUGACCCAGCUACCAAGCCCGAUGAGAGAUCGCUAUAUACGAGAAUCAACAGACCGCCAUACCGCGAUGACGAUGUACUUCAAUAUGAGGAGGUGGAUCGGGAGCUUAUCGACUUGCUUAGGAAGAUGCUCACCAAGAAUCCCGAGAAGAGAAUUCGCCUUCGUGAUGUGAAACGGCAUCCAUGGGUGCUUCACGGCAUUCCCAAUAUCCUGGCGUGGCUCGAUGAUACCGAUCCGUCUCGACGCACAUCUGGACGCAAAAUUCAGGUUGACGAGAAGGAAGUAGCUCGUGCCGUGGUUCCCCUGACGUUGCUCGAGCGCGCCAGAUCGGCUGUCAAGAGGGCUGUCGGAAAGGUGAUGCAUCGUCAAGACCGAGCGGAGAGCGUCUCUUCACGCAGGCGGGCUACGAGCAGCGCCGCAAGCUCUGCGGGCGACAGCCCAAUCACACCCCAUCUGCGAGAAGGACGUCGCAAAAGCAUUCGUCCAGAUGAUUAUUUCACCAACUCGACGCCACAGACUCAGCCCCAGAGCGAGCACCCCUUAACGCAAAGCGUGGUGGCCAGUCCGCUUAACAGCCCCCCCACGGAGCCGCAUCGCGAACCUACGCCCCGCCAGGUACUCGAGCUCGUGACUAAUAAUCUCAGUGCUCGCAAUGAACGGUGGCUUGCGUCGGCCUCGGCCUCACCUUACAGAUCACUACCUCGUCAUGGUCCCUCUCGAUCUGUCAACAACGCCUUCCUCAGCCUUACUCCCGGGCCCGGUGAGAUACGGACAAUGCCGCCAACCCCCUUGUUUGAUCCUGCGACCGAGGAUCCCAGCAGCGCCUUGCGCAAAGCCCGGGACAUCCGUCCCAUUACCGACGAUCUGGGCCGGGCAAGAUCUGUGGAUCGGGGGCUUUUCGCUAGCACCGAUAAGCGCGCCGAACCAAAGGUCUCGUUGAGCACGGCUAUGGCCCCAGGAAACACGACUUUCACACAGAAGCCGCUCCCCUCCCGCUCGGUUGAGGUUGCCAGAGACCUGGACCGGGAACGUGUUGCUCAGUCUCCCAUUCUGAGCGCGCUGGGAGGCUAUCACUAUCCCCAGCCAAAGUCGGACCCAAACAUUCAGAGACAGCGGUGCGCCGUAGAGCUUGACGAGAGGCCGCAGACGGCCCACCGUGUGGAAGACCUGCCCGAGGUAAAGACACCGCAGCAACGCCAGCGACGGGUUUCCCUGUUGGAGCCGUCUCCAAGGACACAGUUCCCGUUGCGCCAGCCUACUCCUCCCAUAGCCGAAGUCGACCCCGCCCUCAUCCCUUGUCCUCCAUCGCCCGAGGACGAUGUGUUUCACCCCGAGCCCCUUUCGCGAGGAGAGACCGUGGUGACUAUGAAAUCAUCUAGUUUGGCUUCGAUUGGCGCCUUGACGACACCUCUCACAAGCCCCAGCGAGGCGGCGAGCCCAGUCUAUGGAAUCAACUCGCAGCCUGCCAAGGAUGUUACAGAGCACAUGCUUGCCUUCCAGUCGGAUCCUUCCUUGCCGGCUCUUCUUAGCAGCACCAGCUCUGUUUCGGCCGACCUGGAAGGCGAAUUCCUCGGCACCCCCGGGGUUGUUGGUGGACACACGGUGAUUGACACAACCGACACAAUCACACCGCCAGCCUUUUCGAAAGAGCCAGCCUUGGGAUUCCCUCUCGAGGACCAAACCCGGAAGGAUAUCGUUAACCUCAGACUAGACGAGAGAGCCCGUCCAGCCAGCGCCAUGGAGACCAGCCGAGGCCGUCAAGUUUCACGGAAUCACCACGCUGACCACGAUCACGAUGAUGACAGUGACAGUGAUGAGGGACUAGUCAUGGCCAAAUCGAAGAAGCGCCACCCGCCUCGGGAGAAUCAGUCGGUGGGCCGGUUAAUCGUAACCACCCGCCGGAGAGACACCAACGCCAGUAUUGGCAGCACCGAAACUGCCAAGAAGAUCAUUGUCGAUGACGAGUGA